AGAAUUUUUAAUUUGAGACAUAGUGUAAGAACUUUUAGUCGAUUCAUUCCUAAUAUAAAAAUAUAGGAGAAUACCAAAAUGAACAAAAAAACCGUGUCAGUGCAAUAGCAACUAGCAAAGGCAACAUAAUGCCUACUUUGAACCUCUUCACCAACGUCCCUGUUGAUCCUGUUAUUGCUUCCAACAUUCUAAGGGAUGCCACCAAAGCGAUUGCAAACAUCAUCGGAAGACCCGAAUCCUAUAUGUGUAUUUUGGUGAAUGGAGGAGUGGCAAUUGCAUUUGGUGGUACUGAAGAGCCAGCUGCCUAUGGAGAAUUGAUAUCAAUUGGGGGCCUUGAUCCAACUGUUAAUGCAAAACUGAGUUCUACUAUUGCACAAAUCAUUCAAACUAACUUACACAUUCAUAGCUCCCGAUUCUACAUCAAAUUUUCUGAUGUUCAGCCCUCAUUUGUUGGGUUCAAUGGCUCAACCUUCUGAUCGGACUUUCUUUCAAUUCAAAGACGUGGACAGUUUCACAAGCAAAAGAUCUAUUCAUGUUUGUGUAUUAAUAUAAAUUUGUAUGUGUAAUAAUUGUUGUGAACGAAUACGGGUGAUAAAAUGUAUCCUUCUAUGUUCCUCAUUUUGAUAUUUUCAAGACUCGUUCAUUUUAUUGUUCUUCA